AUGCAUAAAGCUGGUUCUGAUGCACUGGAGUUGAAUCUGUCUUGUCCCCAUGGAAUGGGAGAAAGAGGAAUGGGACUGGCUUGUGGACAGGAUCCUGAGUUAGUUAGAAACAUCUGUCGCUGGGUGAGAGAGGCGGUCAAUAUCCCAUUCUUUGCCAAACUGACCCCAAAUGUGACCAGUGUUGUCUCCAUUGCCAAAGCAGCCAAAGAAGGUAAUGCUGAUGGGGUGACUGCUACAAACACUGUGUCAGGUCUGAUGGGCCUCAAAAGUAAUGGUUUAGCUUGGCCCAAUGUUGGUAAGGAACACCGUACAACCUAUGGGGGCGUGUCUGGUAAUGCUAUUAGACCUAUCGCUCUCAGGGCUGUAACAGCCAUCGCCAGGGAGCUCCCAGGGUUCCCUAUUCUGGCCACCGGGGGAAUUGAUUCAGCAGAGGCAGGGUUACAGUUCUUACAAGGAGGAGCCACUGUUUUACAGGUGUGCAGUGCUAUUCACAACCAAGAGUACACCAUUAUUGAGGAUUACAUCGUAGGAUUAAAGACCCUCCUCUACCUCAGGAGUAUUGAAGAACUUCACAACUGGGAUGGACAGAGUCCCCCUACUGAACCCCAUCAACUGGGAAAACCUGUACUGAAGGUCAAAGAUAUUAUUGGAGAGAGUCUCCCAUCAUUUGGACCAUAUUUGGCCAAGAGAGAGGCACUGAAAGAUGAGAUUUGCCAGAAGAAAGAUCUGCUGAGUGAAGAGAAUAUGCCAGAAGUCCAGAGACCUCCUAAUGCUCCAAAGAAACCUAUACCCAGUGUUAAGGAUGUGAUUGGUCUGGCUUUGUCCAGGAUUGGAACUUAUGGAGACUUAAACAACAAGGAACAAGUGGUGGCCUUAAUUGAUGAGGAGAUGUGCAUUAACUGUGGAAAGUGUUAUAUGACUUGUAAUGACUCUGGAUACCAGGCCAUCAAGUUUGAUCCUCAGACCCAUCUUCCCACAGUCACAGAUGAUUGCACAGGCUGCACUCUGUGUCUGUCUGUGUGUCCAAUUAUUGACUGCAUCACCAUGGUACCCAGGACAACCCCUUACAUACCAAAGCGGGGCAUACCACUGAACACAGGGACAAACCUAAUGCCAGGAGUCACCUUGGAGACCAAUUGAACAAACCUAUUCAAAGGAAAAUUUGAAGAGUUUGGCUCACAUUUAUAUAAGAUGUGCUAGUUGAUAGAGAAUUAAAAAUUGUGGAUAAGUCUAGUCUAUAAUUAACUCUGUAAUCAGUAAGUGAAUCUAGGUUGUCUAAGUU